AUGAAAGCAUUAUGUUAUGUUUAUAAUGAAAGUGCAAGCUCUAGCUUCGAUAAAAAUAUUUGUGACUACUUGUACUAUUGGUUAAGCGAUAUUAUAGUAACACACUUAAAAAAUAAAUCAUUAUAUAUACAAAUCCUUGCCAUGCUUUAUGAUGUUCUAUAUAAUAAUAAAGGCGAACGUAUAUGUAAUAAAAUUGAUUAUAAAAUUAAUGAAAAUGGCAUUAAAAAAUUUAAGUUAAUUUUUGAUUAUUCACAAGAUUAUAAUACCUACAUGACACAACUUACUCAAGAUAACCAUAAAUGCACCGAAAAUUAUAAAGAUUACCUUCAAAAAUAUGUCGAUUCAUAUAAUGAGUUAAAAAGUGAAUGCGGAAGAUAUGAUAAUUCUUAUAAUUAUUGUGGUAAUUUUAAAACAUAUAUUUCUAAUAAGGAUCCUAUACAUUUAUCUACAUGGAUACGUAAGUUAGAGGUAACUAAAGAACAAACAAAAGAAGAUAGUAUUGGAGAUGAAGGGCAUAUACCAUUACAACCAACAUUAACGGCAGGACCAGGUACUGAAGGACAACCUAGACUUUCAGGUGCUCAAUCAGAUAGUAGMUCAACUGAAUUGGGUAUUAUUGCAKCACCCUYRAAUGACCCUCCCACACMUAUAACWUCUAAAAGUAUCACUGCCGUUGCUUCGACUGCUGGAUUUUUAGUUCCUUCUUUUCUAAUGUACAAAUUUACWCCAGCUGGUACCUGGAUAAACAAAUUAUUAGGGAGGGCAYCAAACWUAAAYCAUAUUCCUUUAAGAGAUUCUGGAAUUAURGAUCAAUUUCCCGAUUCUGGGCGCUUCAAUACAGAGAAUGRUGSAUUUAAUAUUUCAUAUAGUCCAKAAUAA